AUGUUAGUAAAGGAACAUUAAAUACUAUAAUAAUGUAAGCAUAAAAACAUUUUAAAAUCAAUAGAAAUUUAUUAAGACCCAAACCAAUUAGUAUAUAUAAUGGAAUAUUUAAGCGGAGGCGAGUUAUAUGCUCGUUUGAAAUUAUAAAAAAGAUUCACCGAAGAAAUAGCAAUAUAAUUAAUGUAUAAUAUAACCAGAGGAAUAUAUUAUUUACAUAAAAAAAAAAUAGUCCAUAGAGAUAUUAAACUUGAAAACAUUAUAUUUAUAAAUAAAGCAUAAUUAGAUUUAAAAGUAAUAGACUUCGGUUUUGCAUAAAAUAUAAACUAUUAAAAACUAGACAGUAAAGCCGGUACACCAGGUUUUUUACCCCCUGAGUUAUUCAAAAACCUCCCAUAUACAGAAAAAGGUGAUGUAUUUAGUCUUGGAGUAAUUUUAUAUUGUUUGGUUUCUGGUUAGUCUCCUUUUAAAGGAAAAUUAUAUAAAGAAGUACUAGAGAAUAAUAGGAGAUGUAAGAUUUCGUUUGAAUCUUCCAUAUGGAAUAAAAUAAGUGAUGAUUGUAAAUUUUUAAUAAAGAAAAUGCUUGAAUAUGAUCCUAAAAAAAGAUAUUCUUGUAAAGAUGUUUUGAUGUCUAGAUGGAUGAGAAAAAUAACUUCCAAAAUUCCUACUAAAAAUAGAAGAAGAUUCUAAUAAAAGUAUAACUAGUUAAUAAAAUUCUUAAUUUUCGGAUAUUAAUAUGAGUACUAUGAUAAAUCUUUAAAGUAACUGUAUGAUUAAAUCUCUUUAUUAAUGCAAAAGCUUACUAAAAUCUACAAAAAGUUUAAAAAGUUACUUUUCACAUAAAAGUAUUAAGAAUGA